AUGUAAAAUAAUUAAUAAAAACUUGAAAAAUAUGAAGGAGAAAAAUCAGAAAAAUUAAGACAUGGAAGAGGUCGUUAAUAUUAUUAAAAUAAUGAAAUUUAUGAAGGAGAAUGGCUAAAUGAUAAAAGACACGGGUAUGGAAUUUUGAAAGAUUCUAAUGGUGAAAUUUAUAAUGGAGAUUGGGAAAAUGAUAUGUUUUGUGGAUAAGGUAGAUUAAGAAAUAAAAAUUGUGAGUUAUUGACUAAAGAGUUUGAUUUUAAAAAUUUUGAAAAUUUGAAAAAUUAUUGGGUCAAUUAUAGUGGAGAAUUCUAAAAUAAUUAAUUGCAUGGCUUAGGGACUUUGAUACUUUCGAAUGGAUAAAAAUUUUUGGGUUAAUUUUCAGAAGGAAAAGUACAUGGAGAAGGUACUUUUUAUAGAUAAACAGGAGAAAUAGAAGUUGGAUUUUGGUAGAAUAAUAAGUAUAUAGGAAAAUUAUGA